AUGCAUCAUAAUGGAGCAGUUGGGGUUUAUUUUCUCAGGACACCACUUAUCUACAGAGAAGAGCUGAAAAAAGAUGGUGAGAAGAAGAAGAAAGUUGAUUGCUUGUGGUGCCACGAACCAAUACAGGGUUCCUUCCACAAUUGCGUCGAAUGUUGUAACCAACCCGUUCACCUGUCAUCCAACGAGCAUUGCUUAGACUUCAGAGAAAAGCUGGAAAAUGAUGGCAAAAAGGAAGUUUAUUGCUCUGGGUGCGAUGAACCAGUAUUGGGUGCCGCCUACAAAUGCUCCGUCUCUGAAUGCAGCUUUCUAAUUCAUAAAUCAUGCACUGAGCUAUCUUAUCAUAUAGACCACCCUCUUCACCCUCAUAGUACUCUUUCUCUCCAACCGCUAAACAAAAAUUGCUGUGAUAUUUGUUGUAGAUCUCACGAUAGAUCUUUCUUUUACCGUUGUACUUCGUGCAGUUUCAAACUCGACAUCAAGUGUGCUUAUAACCCCUUGCCAGUUAGUCCUAAUGACUGUCUCCAACAUGAAUUCUUCUCAAUCUUGAGGCGGAUUCAGUUCAAUUGUGAUGCUUGUGGAGAGGAAAUCACGAACCUUGCGUACAGAGUAUGUAAUAUCUGCAAAAUCUUGGUUCACUAUAGAUGUGCUGAAAUUCCACGCACAAUCAAAAUUAAGCUGCACAAUCACUGCUUCAACCUCGUCUAUUCUCUUCCUGAAAUCAAAAAGAAGCAUGAAAACAUAUUUUGUAGAAUUUGCUUUGAAAAGGUGAAUACAGAGUAUGCAGCUUACUAUUGUCAGGAAUGCAAUUAUACUUUACACACGGAAUGCCUAAGACGUUUUAGGAAUUUGUACGGGGAGUUGCUUGCAAGUAGUGAGUCGGUGCCCAAUAAAUCCGUUGACCAUGAAACUCAUUUGAUCAAGGCACUCAAUCAAGAAGAGGACAAAGGACCUCAUCCUCGGGAGAUCCAACAUUUCAGUCAUCAACAACAUAAGUUAAUCCUCUGCGAUGAUGAUAUCAACAAUGAUAAGUUUUGUGAGGGGUGUAUGGAAUUAAUAAUUUCGGUCCCGUUUUACAGCUGUGUGCAGUGCAACUUAUUUCUCCAUAUUCGAUGUACUAAACUUCCCACAAGGAUUGAGAAACACCGACUUGAUUUUUUCCACCCGCUUACCCUCCUCCCACAGGCAUCUACCAAGAGUGGCGUAUUCUUUUGUGAUAUUUGUUCUCGUCAUCAUCGUGGCUUCACCUAUGAAUGUAACACAUGUUUGGGGGGCAAAACCCUUGACGUUCAAUGUGGUUCAAUCCCGGAAAGCCUUAAACACGAAGGUCAUCAGCAUUCCCUUUACCUUGCUCUAUAUUCUAAUUAUAGAAAAUGCAAAGCUUGUCCUAAGGACAACGAGGAAUUUGUAUACGUAUGCAUCAGUUGCAAUUUCAUCUUGGGAAUAAGAUGUGCAAAUCUUCCACUGGUAGCAAGACAUAGAUAUGACACACAUUUCCUCAAGCUCACCUAUAGUACUGUUGUAAGAUAUUGUGACGACGAAUUUUAUUGUCUAAUUUGCGAAGAAAAAAGAGACCCGAACCAUUGGUUUUAUUAUUGUGAAGAAUGCGACUUUUCCGCUCAUUCUGAAUGUGUUCUUGAAAACUAUCCAUGCAUCACGAUUGGAAGUACUUAUACAAGUGAAUAUCACGAACAUCUUUUCACUUUUGUCCAAAAGACUAGAGAGUCGCCCGAAUGUCAGGGUUGUUGGAAGCCAUUUGAUGACGUGACACUAGAAUGUUCUCGAUGCAAAAUCAGUGUCCAUCCUCCUAGACCUUACUUCCCUGAUUGUAUGUGGAAACUAAGUGAAAGGGAAUGGUAGUCUCAUGCAUGUGGAUCAUCUUGGUCUCGAGUCUUUUGAUGAGGUUGGCAGCUUGUUCUUUAUUCUGCUAUCCUGUCCUUCUUGAACCUGAGUGAACACUCGGCUGGGAUGUUUGUACUACUUUACUGUAUGGUUUUUGCUAUGUUUCUUUCUUGGGGGUCCUUGCUAAUGGUCUCCCUCUUUGUAUUUUGUUUCUUUUAAUUCAAUGCUUGUUCAUCAAAAAAUAUUGUUCACUGUAAGUCCAAUUAAAUCAUUUAUUCUUGGCAAAGCUUUUUCAAUGGCUAGUUUAGUUACUGUUUGGUUAUGUGGAAAUUAAUUGUUUCGCCUCCCAGCAGAAAGGAAGGCAAGUGUUGCUUCUGGAAGCAAUAGAAGUACUU